AUGGCAAACUGCGUACUGUCGAAGAAACAGAGAUGCGGCGACGCAGUACAAGCUGCAACCCUUAUGGACAUGGAAAGGGUAGAAAUUGGAAGUGGAAUAAUAGGAACUACUACAAAGGUGAUCAUCAAUAUAAUAAGAAAUUCUAAACCGAAACUUUUACUUAGAGGAGAAGUUAAUGGCAAAAAAUGUAUUAUGACAGUUGAUACUGCUGCUGAUAAUACGGUUAUUAAUUCUUCUUUGUUUAAAGGAAUGGCUCCUUGUCGUAUUCCUUUUUAUUAUAGGGAUAAGGUUGAUUCAAUUAUGGAGGAAAUGAAUCAACAGAAUGCAAUAGAACCAUGUAAUGGUCCUUGGGCUUCUCCUGUUGUUCUUGUUCCAAAAAAAGGUGAUGAAAUUCCAUAUCAAGAAGAUAUAUUGAAUAUGGUUCUUCCUUUUGGUUUGUGUAAUACUCCUGCCACCUUCGUUAAACUUAUGAACAUAGUUUUAGAAGGUCUUCUCGAUGAUUUAGCUUUUCAAGCGUUGCAAAAAUUGAAACAAAUUUUGACUUCUACUCCAAUUUUGGGUUAUCCUGAUCCAAAUUAUCCUUUCAUUCUUGAUACUGAUGCUUCGAAUAUUGGCAUUGGUGCUGUGUUAUCUCAGAAGAUUCCAGUUAAUAGAAAUGAUGAGACUGUUUAUGAAAGAAAAGUUAUUGCUUACUUUAGUAAGACUCUAAAGAAUCGUGAACGUAACUAUUGUGUUACUAGGAAAGAAUUAUUAGCUGUUGUUAUUUCUGUUGAACAUUUCCGUCAUUUCCUUCUUAGCAAGAGGUUCACUAUUAGAACUGAUCAUGCCUCUCUCACUUGGUUACUUUCUUUCAAAAAUCCCCAAGAUCAAAUAGCUCGUUGGUUUGAAAUCUUAUUUCAAUAUGAUUUCGAAGUUCAACAUAGACCUGGUCAUAAACAUGGCAAUGCUGAUGGUCUUUCUUGGCGUCCAUGCGAUUGUAAAAAAUGUUUCAAAGAAAAUAAAGUUCCCGAGUUUAAUGAUGUUCCACAUUAG